CUGUCGCCCUCAAAAGAGCGCCAUGUGGUCGCGCAGCAGCAGUUCCAGACGACAAGGACAAGUCACCACCGCCGAUGGUGACCCCGAAAGGGUUCUAAGGCAGGUGCAGGAUCUCAGCGAUUGGCUCCUGGCCAAUCCCCAAAUCAACGGGUGCAACACCUUCGAGAACCUCCACUUUUUUCUGAGAACUUCCAAAUUCGAUGUGGAUCGUACCAAAAAAAAGUUGAAAAACUUCUAUCAAAUGCGAGCUGAGCGCCCUGAAUGGUUUGAUAAUCGCGAUCCCAAAUUGCCCGAAAUGCAGGAGUUACUCAAUCUGGGAGUUUUUCUACCCAUUGGCGCUGAUGCGGAACAAAGAAUGGUGGUGGUCAUCCGGACAGCGGCUCAUGAUCCCAAGCUACACACUCAGAACAAUGUCUUUAAGACCAGCAAAAUGAUAUUGGACCUGCUGUUAAAGCUCGAGCCGGAGACUUGUGCACGUGGAAUGGUGGCCAUUCUGGACAUGCAAGGCGUCCAACUGGGUCAUGCCCUCCAAAUGAAUCCAAAGCUCAUCAAGCGAUCCGUGGAGAGCUGGACCGCCUAUCCAUGUCAGCCCAAGCUAUUGGAGUUCACCAACGCACCACGUCAUGUGAACUUUUUUUUAAACACUUUCAGAAUAUUUAUGACGCCCAAGAUAAGAUCCCGACUUUUGUUGAGACGCGAGGGCACCUCUGUGAUCUGUGACCAAUUGCCCAAAGAACUAGGUGGACAAGGGCUCAGCUAUAAGGAGCUCUCUCUAAAAUGGAAGCAGCUGGUGGAGCAGAAUGCCGAUUUCUAUGUGGAGCAAGACAAAUACAAAAGUCAGCUCAAGUGAUUGGGGUUAAUGUGGCGACAGUGAUAACAAGGCGAUUAGCCGAAUGCUAUAGAUUAGUCGAAAACAUUUACAAUGCGCAAAUGUAUCAGUAUGAGUUGUCAUAUUUUAGUAACCUUCCCGUACUACAAGUACUCCUUAGUUCCAUAAUAAACCUUAAUUGUAUAUA